GGUGCCUAUUCUGUAUUCCGACGGAUUUCUAUUUCGUUCGAAAGUGAUAUUUCGAUCGUUUUCGAAUUUACCAUUCCCUAUUCCAAUCGUUUUGCUCGUUUCGAACGAAAGUGUUAGAAAAUUUCGAAUAUGCAUCGAUCUGUCAAAAACCGAUAAACAAAAAGAAACACCGUAUUAAAUAGCGGCGAGUGCGAGUUGAAUUUCAGUUAAUUUUUGAUCCUAAGAGAAAUUUGUGAGAAAAUUUUCUCGUUCAAUGGAUUCCGUUUUGUUACCGAAUUUGGCGGAGCAAGAAGAAAUUGGAAUGCCUUGCUACCAUCGGCGAAACCACCGAAAAUCAACCGACUUCAUGAAACUUUCUGAUGAAGCAUUCAUCAAAAGUUUUCGUCUAAGUAAGGAAGCUUUUCGGUACGUUUUAGAGGAAAUUGAGAACUGCCUUACCACAAGGAAAGGUGGUCUAUCCACGGAGGUGAAACUCGCAGCAUGUUUGCGAUUCUUUGCUGAAGGAAAUUAUCAACAUGGAGCAGGGCAAGAUUGUCACAUUGCCAUAGCACAGCCCACAUUUUCCAAGGUGCUGACUGAAAUGCUUAACAUUCUGGAGCGGACACUGUGUAAGAAAUGGAUUUCCCUAAAUAUGACGGAAGACGAACAGCGGCGUGCUAAACUACACUUCUAUCAGAAAACAUCAAUUCCGGGUGUUAUUAUGUGUUUGGAUGGAACCCACGUAAAAAUUAUUCCACCUAAGCUGAAUCGAAAUUUGUUUUUUAAUCGGAAGGGAUUUUAUAGUCUCAACGUUCUGAUUGUUUGUGACGAUCAGCAAAGGAUUCGUUUCGUUGAUCCUACCUUCCAGGGAUCUAAUCAUGACUCUCAUAUAUGGCGUGUAAGCCCUGCAAGAACUCACUUUGAGCAGCUUCACCAAAAUGGUGAAGUUAAUACUAAGAUUCUAGGUGAUGCUGGUUAUCCAUCGGAACCUUGGUUAGUUACCCCAUUCAGAGCAGCGGAGGAAGGGAGUUUGGAGAGCGAUUUUAAUCGCAGGCAUGCCUUGGGUCGUGCUAUCGUCGAGCGGACAAUCGGUUUACUAAAAAAUCGGUUUAGAUGCAUCCUUGGCGCGAGACAACUUCACUACAAUCCUACUAAAUGCGCUCAAAUUAUAAAUGUAUGCUGUGCACUUCACAAUAUAUGCUUAGAAUUUGGUCGUUCUCAGUAGUUAUAAUAUGUUAUGCAGCUGUUUACAUAAUAAACUUUUGUUUAAAUUAA